AGUUUCUCUAUAUGCUCUAUGCUGAUUGGAUUGCUGUCGUUUGGUGGAAGUAAAUUGAUGCCGCUGUCGCCGAGUAAUUAAAACAGUCAAAUUAAAAUAGAUUUUAAACGCAAAUUUGCAUUUGUCGACUCAGAACGUUCGGUGCUGUGCUAAGUGAACAUACGUAUGGAAUAAAUUGUCCGAAGUUUUUCAAAUUCAUACAAGAAUCUCAGCAACAAAACACUGCGAUUGGCUUGAAGAUGCGCAAAUUCGUGGUGUAUGUGUUGUUUUUCGCCCUGUGCGCCUAUUACUGUAAUGCUGUUGCGCCACCGGAAACCGCCAAGCCGUCGUCGCAGUAUGUACCGAGUCUCGAUGACCUGUACGCAAUGCUACCGGCCGACUUAAGUGAUGAGCCACCCACUGUGGUGGUAGCGCUGUUGGUGCGCAACAAAGCACACAUCCUACCAUUGUUCCUCACUUAUUUGGAGCGUCUUAACUAUCCAAAACAACAAAUGGCCUUGUGGAUACGUUCGGAUCACAAUAGCGACACGAGCACGGAAUUGCUACAGCUAUGGCUUGAUCAUGUUGCUGACUCGUAUCACAGCGUCGAUUUUGUGCAUGACGACAGUGUGCAACGUCAUCAAAAUGAAAGCACGGCGAACGACUGGCCUGCUGAACGCUUUCAUCAUUUAAUACAGCUGAAAGAAGCAGCACUGAUAUAUGCUAAAAAGAUUUGGGCUGAUUAUAUAUUUUUCCUGGAUGCUGAUGUAUUACUUACACACCCUGACUCCCUAAUCCAUUUGACUAGUCUACGUCUACCAAUUGUAGCACCAAUGCUACUCUCUGAAGGUUUGUACUCGAAUUUUUGGUGUGGCAUGACACCAGAUUACUAUUACCAACGCACCGACGAAUACCAGGAAAUCUACAAUGUGAACAAGGAAGGCGUUUUCCCUGUGCCAAUGGUUCAUAGCGCUGUGCUGAUAAGAAUGAACUAUCAGGGCGCGCGUUAUCUGACAUUUGAUCGUGAACGUCUCUUAGAACAGCAACAAAAUGAGGUCGAAUGGGCAGAACGCGAAGGAGUGACACCAUGCCGACCAUACGAUGGGCCAGUGGAUGAUAUUAUUGUUUUUGCUAGAUCGGCAAAUUGUUCACGUAUUCCAUUGUUCAUCAGCAAUAAGCUGCCGCAUGGCUAUAUAAUGCAGCCACUUGAUGUGAAUGAGGGUCUGGAUGUUGACUUACAGCAACUGGUGAACAUACGUGCAAAUAUUGUGCAUGAUCAGGAUGAAGUGGCGCCUGUGAAUGAGUACUUCGAGGAAUACAUCAGUUAUCCGAAUAAAACCAAACUUACGUUAGACCACAUUUAUAUGAUUAAUCUGGAAAGGCGCCCAGAACGUCGGGUCAAAAUGGAGAAACUUUUCCUUGAAUUAGGUUUAGAUGUUGAAUAUGUGCCCGCUGUCGAUGGAAAAAAGUUAUCCCCGCAGCAACUGCAAGAUAUGGGUGUUAAAUUUUUAAAUGGUUAUGAAGACCCCUACCACCACCGGCAAAUGACGAUGGGCGAAAUUGGUUGUUUCCUGAGUCACUAUCGUAUUUGGGAGAAGGUCGUUGAACGCGAACAAAAUGAAGUGCUAGUAUUGGAGGAUGACGUACGCUUCCAGCCGUACUUCAAGGAUAGCGCUACCCGUGUGCUCGCGCAAAUGCGCAACGUUGUUGAAUACGAUUUGCUAUAUUUUGGUCGCAAACGUUUAAAGGAGGAAAAGGAACCGUGGGUGCAAGGCGCUGAAAAUCUUGUGCAUGCUGGCUACUCCUACUGGACACUGGGCUAUGUUAUAACACUAAAAGGUGCGCGUAAACUACUCGCAGCCAAGCCGCUAGAAAAGAUGUUGCCGGUUGAUGAAUUUCUGCCCAUUAUGUUUAACCGCCAUCCAAAUAAAACUUGGAGUUCACACUUUCCCCAGCGUGAUUUGCUCGCAUUUAGUGCGGCGCCUUUAAUACUUUUCCCCACACAUUAUACCGGUGAAUCCGGUUAUAUUUCAGACACCGAAGACUCUGAAGUGACCUCAGAAAUAAACGUGGAUUCUAAUGUGCAGUUGAAGAGUGACCGUGAAUUAGAAUUUCGGCCUGUACUCGAAACAGAGACAGCUACAAAGCCAUUUGAAGAUGAAUUGAUGAUGGAUUUGGUAGAUGAUAGCGAUGGCCGUUCAUUUAACCAGGAUAUAUAUUUGUCCAAGAGUCACGAAGAGUUUUAAGUGCAUUAGAAAGAUGCUAUUUUAAGUAUAUAAGUCUUUUGUUUUCUAUAAUUACUGCCACUUUUAUUGCCAUUUCUAUAUACGAAAUGCAUAUGAAUCCAUGUGCUUGCAUAUGUAUACAGAAGUGUAUAUGUACGUAUGCAUAUAUGUCCUUUUGAUGUGCCUUACUAGUUGUAAAAAUAAUGAAAAUGUAAUCCUUGCAUGUAGUAUAGUCCAUGUAGUUGAAAACUAUGAAAACUUUAUACUCUUCAAUGUUAACUAACUCGAAUUUGUGUGUACUAAUUUGCGUCACAAAAAUACUCCGAAUGUCCAGUGAAAAAGCGCGCAUGUUUAAAUUGAAACUUUAAUCGAAUAGAAAACCAGAAAAAAAUAAUUGAAUAUGAAUAGCAUAAUGUACUGAAUUCAGCAAGAAAACACGAAAAUUAUGAAUAUCUAAUUUACGUAUAAAGCAGCAAAACGUCUUUGGCGUUUUUAGAACCGGUUAAUAGCGGUUGCGUUACGCAGCUGCUGGUGUUUGUGUUUCAAAACUAGUUUAGUUGACUGAAUAUUGUUGAAAAUUGAUAAAUUUGUGCUCCAUUAGUAAAGUUGUUUUCAAAUGAUGUGAAAAAUCAUGUUUUUUAUAUGAAAAUAUUUCAUGUAAUAAAUUUUUUACAUUAAUCCAUUUACUAAAUUUCGAGUAUAAGCUAAUUUCUAUUCUUGUGAGAAUUAAAGCUACUUAUAUGCCAAUCAUUUAUUGUUGGUUAAUUGCCAAAGUCUAAUGAUUUUAUGCCAAAAAUAUAAUUUUA